AGCGUUUAUUACCAGUUUAUAGGUAAAGGUGCUUCUGGCUAACAAUUGUUAAAAAUUCAGUGUAUGUUUUAACUUGUACAAUAAUGGGUGACAGAGACAGUAAAUGCUUGUCUGUGUCCGAUCUGUUGCACGUGACUUUGAUCUGGGAUUUUAAGAUUUUUACUACCUGUUAAGUUAAAAUAUUACCUCCUCACUAGCAGAUCAGUUGUCUGCGCAUAGAAUCACGCCAUUUCUGUUUGGUAGGACGAUGCUACCCCGACUCGGAAACAAUGCUGGAAAAUGAAGGUUAUGAUGCUCCUGAUGGGCAGCUCAUCAUGUCCCGCCUCCAGUGGGAUGGUUCCUCUGACAUCUCGCCUUCAGACUCGGCAUCUUCGAAAGCCAGCACCAAUAACUCUGAAUCUAAGAGACCUAGGAAGAAAAAGAAGCCUAGCACACUCUCUCUUAGUAGCUCUGGAGGUGGAGCGGACAGAGAUAAAGGACCAGAACGAGAAAGAGGAGACCGAGAGAAAGUGGCCGGAGGCAGUAAUAGCAGCAGCAGCUCGCAAAAUACACUUGGUCUGCCCAGUCGGAAAAAACGACCAAAGCUGCCAGUUCCUCCGGCACCCAGUAUUUACGACGACCUAAACUAAGGAACAUGUUUGCACUUGUACUUUUUGGGACCUGAAUAUUGUCUUAUCUAACUUGAUAAGUCCUUUUUUUAUGAUUUUAAAUGUUGAUGAAGAAAAUAAGUUGAGUAUGCAUGUUAGAGAGGGAACAUCUGGACUAUAUACACUUUUGUUUCUGGAAAGUGUUGCACAGUGAAACGUGAAUGGCUGCCUUAAAGGGAUAGUUUACACGGAAAUGAAAAUUCUGUUGUCAUUUACUCUCUCAUCUUGUUUCAAACCUUUAUACAUUACAUUGUUCGGGUGAACAUAUUUUAAGGAAUGUUUGUAACCAACUGACCUCCAAAGUAGGAAAAAAGAAUAGUAUGCAAGUCAAUGGGGCCUCUGAUCGGAACAAACAUUGCUCAAAAUAUCUUCCUUUCUGUUCAUCAUAACAAAUACUUUAUUUAGGUUUGUAACAACAUGAGUGAGUAAAUAAUGACAAUUUUUUUUUGUGAAUUAUCCAUUUAACGUUUUUUUUUUGUGUUUGUGUGUGAGUUGGAGCAAGAAAGAUUGUCACUUUAUAUUUUAUUUAUGCAGUUCACUGUCAUCCGGCACGAUUCCAUACUCUGUACUGUGAGUAUAUGUGAGUUUUGGGUUUGCAGUGACACAUAAUGUGUGUGUGUGUGUGUGUGUGUGUGUGUGUGUGUGUGUGUGUGUGUGUGUGUGUGUGUGUGUGUGUGUGUGUGUGUGUGUGUGUGUGUGUGUGUGUGUGUGUGUGUGUGUGUAAGCAAGAAUGAAUGUGAAUGGGAUGUUGCAAAUAUUUUGUCCCUGGUGGCUCAUGUUAACCAAGUAUGAUUGUAGAUAUGCACUGGUUUUAAAGGAUUUUACAUUGUUUUCCAAAUGUAUUUGCAAACCUGUUUUCUUCUUGACUGCUUUCUGGCCAAGCAGUGCUACACAUGCUUUUUAUGAUGUCUUGAUAAAUAUUGUCCUGACUUCAGUAGUGCACCCAGCAGCCAAAUCUGUGCAUACAGUCUUUUGCCUUUUGUUAAAUACCGGUAAAAAUGCACCUGUCAGUGCUAUAUUUUGUGUGCUUAUGAAUGCUUUUAUAAUCAUGGAUUUUUGAUCUCUUAUCAUUCAUUCUCUGAAUGUGUGCAAUGCAUUUUUUCAGACUAGUGAUCAGAUCGAAUCUGUUUGCUUUAUGAUUUGUUUUGUGUAAAUAUUGACUGAAAAUGCACUUAAAAUGGAUGAAAUCCAGUUUGUACGGCCUUGUUGGAUUUUUAUUAUGGCUUGACAUAAAUGAUCGAAGAGGACUGUCUGCAUGGGGAAACGAUACAAAACCCUGGUAUAGGUGACGCAUCAUUUCCCAGAUAGCAAUAGACUGUCAGCGUCGGAGCGGAUGAUAUCUACCCUGGAGUUUAUUGCUAUGUGGGUUACUAUGGACGUGGUGGGUGUGUGCCAUGUCUUCGCGUAGUUAUUGGUUAUCUUUGUCUCUCAGUGCACUGUAGUAUCUCUGUUAUGGUCUAAAUAAAAAACAAUAUUGCUCAGGA